CCCAGCUUCGUGAAGCGGAAGCCGGUGGGGACCGCGGAGCACGCCCCGUGCGCCGGCGCGCGCCCAGCGUUGGAUGGGCCGGCGGCGGGCUGGUCGCGCCCGCAGCUGAGAGUCUCCCGCGCGACCGCCAGUCAGCCCUCUGCAGGCUCGCCCAGCAUGAGUGAGGGCCGCUUCUACAACAUGAACAGCGCCGGAAUGGCAGCGCCGGGUGGCGUGAGCGCGGCCAAAAUGGACUCCCUGCAGGCGAUGGACCGCCGGAAAGCCGAGCUGCUCGAAGCCCGCUUCGUCGGCAACCGGGUGGGCCCGCCGCCGCCGCCGCUCGGGCCGUUCAGCAACGUACAAGGCAACGACGGCUCGAACCUGAGCACCGGCUCGGUCAGCGACAAGGAGGAGGCCAACUCGCCGGACAAGGGCGUGCCGCCGGCGCCGCCGCCGCAGGCCCGCACGCCCAAACGCAAGCGAAAAAACACGGCCGCGGACGACGGCGGUGCCAGCGGCCCCAAGCGCGCCGACAGCAAGAACAACAAGCUGAUCAACGAGUACUUCCGCGGCCCGGCCGUGGGCCCGGCGCCGGUGCGCGCCGCGCCGUCCCUCCCGGUGCGUAGCGUCGGGGCGCACCAGCCGGCGGCGUCGCGGCUCCUGGCGUACCCGGCCAGCCCACACGGGCCGCUGCCGCCC